AAAUUCAUAUACUUUGAUAAGAUUUACCGUAUAGGAGCAUAGAUCUUUUUCCUUUUGUACAGUUAAAACCCUACCAAAAUCUACAUCUUGUAAUAAAACAUAGUCCCGGUUCUUUUUUGGCAAGGUUGUUCAACUCUGGUGUUGAAAACAACAGGAGAGGUCCUUAAACCUUCUCUGACCUUGGAACCACUUUCUUUGUAUUUGAUCUACAUUUGAAAAAUCUGUUUCUCGUGUGAAAUGAAUCCUUAAGAAGUGACAGAGUGAUUUUAUAACAUUUUAAUACUUCUUGAUUUUAGCUAAUUUUGAUUUUUAAAAGAAGCCCAGAUCAGAGAAGGCAUGUUUGGUGUAGUGGGUUGGUUUUCUGCCUUCCAUAUAAGCCAAAUUUCGAUUGUUGCUGAGAUUUUGGCAAACUGUGUUCAAGUUUGGAAAUUUUAGUUUUUUUGGGGGAAUUUCAGUCGAUUUUGAGUUAUGGUGGAGGCUGAGAAUCUGGAAUCCUGUGGUGAGGUUGUGGAGGAAGAUGAACAGAAAAGAGGAGGGUCCUGUAACUUUUUCUGUACUCCGAUUUAUUGGUUCAAAAUGCUAGGCAACGAGACACACUGGAGUUUUGUGUUCGGAGUGUUGGCUGUAUACGGCAUAAGCCAGGGACUGGGUGGAGCUUUUAAUCGUGUUGCCACUGAAUAUUACAUGAAAGAUGUUCAAAAGGUGCAACCUUCUGAGUCACAAAUCUAUCAAGGAAUCAUUUCUAUUCCUUGGCUUGUCAAGCCUCUCUGGGGCCUGCUCACCGACGUUCUUCCUGUUUCGGGGUAUCGUAGGCGGCCAUACUUUAUUUUAGCAGGAUUGCUUGGUGUGAUCUCAAUGCUUUUGGUAUCGUUGCACGGGAAGCUACAUCUUGUAUUUGCUCUGUUGGCAUUAACAACUGGAAGCUGUGGUGUAGCAAUAGCAGAUGUGACCAUAGAUGCCUGUGUGGCACAGAAUAGUAAUACUCACCCUUUACUUGCACCUGACAUGCAAAGCUUAUGUGCUUUGAGUUCAUCAAUUGGAGCACUUGUGGGGUUUUCUAUCAGCGGUAUUUUUGUCCACUUGAUUGGCCCCAAGGGCAUAUUUGGUUUGCUGACAAUCCCAGCCGGACUAGUGUUUUGCGUUGGCAUUGUGCUUAAUGAGCCCCUCAUGCCCCACUUCAAUUACAGACAGGUAAACCAGAAGUUUGCUGGUGCUGGUAAGGCUAUGUGGACGACAUUGAAAUCUCCAGAUGUUUGGAGACCAUGUUUAUAUAUGUACUUAUCCUUUGCAUUGAGUGUGAAUAUCGAUGAAGGGUUGUUCUACUGGUAUACAGAUUCAAAAGAGGGUCCAUCUUUCUCCCAGGAGACAAUUGGUUUCAUAUUUUCAGUUGCUUCAGCUGGAUCACUUUUAGGGGCUAUACUAUACCAAAAUAUUCUGAAGGAUCACCCAUUCAGAGACCUGCUUUUCUGGAGUCAAUUGCUAUUUGGUUUGUCAGGAAUGCUAGAUUUGGUAAUGGUACUGCGGCUAAACUUGAAACUUCACAUACCAGAUUAUGUCUUCAUUGUGAUUGAUGAAAGUGUCUCCCGAAUGAUUGGAAACCUCAAAUGGAUGCCUCUUCUGGUACUAAGUUCAAAGCUUUGUCCUCCUGGUAUUGAAGGCACUUUCUUUGCUCUGCUCAUGUCCAUUGAUAAUGCUGGACUACUUUCAUCUUCAUGGGGAGGAGGCCUUCUACUCCAUUUACUGGAUGUAACUCGGACGAAAUUCGAUAAUCUAUGGCUAGCCAUUAUAAUCCGUAGCAUAUUGAGAGUUAGUCCACUCUGUCUGAUAUUUAUGAUUCCAAAAGGUGAUCCCAAUGCUUCCUUGCUUCCAAGUGAAAUUCUAGGUAGAGAAGAUGAAGAGAGAACUGAAACUACAGAGAAUGAAAAUAUCGAAUUGGUCUCCCUAAUAAGCAGUGUUGAUGGUAAAUAGCUUUAGCUUUAACAAAAUUGCUCUUCUUCUUACUGAACUUGCAUACAUCAUUGUUCACACGAUACAACUGAGUUUAAUGAAAGUAGAAAAACAAUGUUUUUUUUUAUUGUA